GAUCGCAGUGUGGUAAUCGUCUGCUUGAUGUUUUUAAAUAAUGUCACUGCUCCUGGUCGCCGUCAGGCGGCAACAGCUGUUUACAGUUUGUCGGUUAGGAUAUUUGCGAGCAGCGCCAGCAAAUUUUAGCGGGCAUGAGCGACGCCAGGCCUCAACAGAAGCUGCGGCAGCAGCAGCAACCACUCAGCUGGCCAAUGCCAGCGGCAUGAUUGGCUUCUGGCAGACGCUCUCGAAUAGCACUCCUGUGGCCUACAUGCAGGACGCACUAACGCAAAUACACGACUAUAGUGGGCUGCCCUGGUGGGCAGCGAUAGUGUUGUCAACGUUCCUGUUUCGCAGCGUUGUCACCCUGCCAUUGACCAUUUACCAGCACAAGAUUACGGCACGCAUUGAGCAGAUAGCACUGGAAAUGCCGGCCAUAGUGGAGGAACUGAAAAGAGAGGCGGCCAUGGCCAAGCACAAGUUCAAAUGGAGCGACAAGCAAACACAAAUUGUUUACAGCCGUUCAAUCAAGAAACAGUGGCAAAAUCUGAUUGUGCGUGAUAACUGUCAUCCUAUGAAGACUCUCAUUGUGCUAUGGGGUCAAAUACCUUUGUGGAUAUUCCAGUCGGUUGCCUUGCGCAAUCUGGUCUAUAUGCUGCCGGAUCCAACGACACUCAAAGCACAAAUCAUUGCCACCGAGCUGACAAUAGGAGGCUUUGGUUGGAUACCAAAUCUUAGUGUAGUGGAUAGUUCCUAUAUUCUGCCUGUGACACUGGGUCUCAUCAAUCUGGCCAUCAUCGAGGUGCAGGCUAUGACACGCACGCGUCCUCCAACGCGUCUUCAGAACAUUUUCAAUAAUGUCUUUCGAGGAUUGAGUGUGGUGAUGGUGCCUAUUGCCUGCACAGUGCCCUCGGCGCUGUGCGUAUAUUGGGUGGCCUCCAGCAGCUUUGGCCUGGCGCAAAAUCUGCUAUUGCUCUCGCCGGAAAUGCGUCGUGCAGUGGGUAUACCUAAAACCAAAACGGAACUGGAGGCGCCUUAUGAUCAGCUUUGGCUUAAGAUACAAAAGCGUUCGAAAUUAUUGGAUGAAUCUUCUGCGGAUAAGUCGGAUAGCAAGUGACACUUUUAUAUGAGCACAGUGAGUGCUUGGAAAUGAAAAUGAUUCAGUUUUACAGUUUCACAAUUAUAAGUUACAUUUGUGUGUAAUUUAUUUUAAAUUUCCUUAUUUCUAUUUUUAAAAAUUACUACAAACUAUGGUCAAAUUAUUCUUAAAAGUAAAAUGUAAAUAUUUAAUUCACCUGGCUUAAAGUUUAAAAGUUUUGAAUGAAUGUAAUACCACAAAAGUUCUAAUUACACAAGCCACUGCAUAUGCAGCUAGUCCAAUAUUUGUUAAUUAGAAUGUUUAACUGUCAUGUUUGUAAAUAUAUAUUUAGUACACAAAUCCACACGACUGCUCCUAUUGUAAAUCAUCAUGAAGACUCAUCUUACAUAUGAAUAAAAUGUAUGUGGAAAACCCCACACUACAAA